GAUUUCCCUUGCGGUGAGGUGACCAUGGAUUGCACACUCUGGAACACUGGUUUCUGUAUAUUCCUACUCACAGCUACUCCCCUCACUUGGGCGGAAGUCGUGUGGGCUGUAAACUGUGGUGGUCCAGCCCAUAUUGACGUUCAUGGGAUUGAAUAUAUUGCCGACCCUCUGUUACAGGGUACCGCGUCAGAGUACGGGCGCCAGCUAGUGAUCAACCGAGUGAGGAUGGAAGAUCAGAUUUUAUUUCAAACCGAACGCUUCCACACUGACCACUUUUCCUAUGAUUUGCCUCACCUAGGUGACGGAUCCUAUGUUCUCACUCUGGGAUUUUCAGAGGUUUGGUUCGCUGAGCCCAAUCAAAAGGUGUUCGACGUUCAGCUGAAUAAGGAGAUAACCCUACUACAGGAUCUGGAUAUUUUCAAUGAAGUCGGGUUCGCCACAGGAUUGGUUUAUGACUUCCCUUUUCGGAUUGCCGAUGGUGUCUUGCAUGUGGGUGAAUCAUCUACACCGAUCUCAAGGGACUCCAUAACACUCAAUUUCUUGAGGACAGGACGCGAUAAUCCCAAGAUCAAUAUGAUCAGAAUAAUUCGAGGGACCUUGAAAGACUUACGGGCGAUCGUCCCAUCUGAUCUGGUAUCCGCACCGGAACCCAAAGAGCAGCACCAUAUUCCGAAAUAUGAACCUGAGCCACAACCCCGAAAGAGACCGGCUGGUUCCCCUCGUGUUCCCGACCCUUACGAAAACACAGACUCAUCCUACUGGUUGUUACCGAUUUUGGGUUCCGUGGCAGCCUUCCUACCCAUUUUGUUUUGUUUGUGCCGAAUCUAGAUAGCCAACCCGUUCAUGUGACGUGUGCUGUUCCUGGCCACCGCACAUUUCCAGCUUGUUGCUUUUAUUUUUGACAUGUUGCAGUUGCAUAUCUUGUACCCCAUCUCUAUUGGUGCUAGUUACGCCCAUAGAGAAGUAUCUGUUUUUACAAAUGUUCUGCGCAAUUGUGAUACACUUUUCGGUAUGUGUUCAAUAUGUGUACCUUAC